AUGAGUGACAAGGUUUUGAUCAACUUGGACAAAAUUCUGGUCAAGCUUGCUUCCCAGAUAGAAAAAACUCGUAGUACUAAGAAAGAUGUGGAUCAUCGGAUAAAUUUGUACACUACAAAAAUCACAGAAAAAAAGAAUAAAAUUUCUUGGUUGGAGGAAAAUAUAAAAAAAGGCAACGAGGCAUUUGAUGAUUUGCAAAAGCAGAAUGAGAGCUGCAAGAAGAUCUGUAAUGUCUGGAAGCCCACCUAUACAAUUCUUAAAAAGCAUGGAGAAUAUUUGAAAAAUGAAAUUAAAGCUUUAGAGGAAGCUAUAGAAAAUGAGAGGAAAAUAUAUGAGGAUUCCAUAACCCAGUUUAGAGAGAUCUUGGAGGAACACCACAAAAAAUAUACAGAAAUUGCUCUUGCCAAGAAGUAUUACCAAAAAAGGGAAGAAGUUGAAGAAAUCCAAGAGAGAGUUUUGAAACGCCUUGAAAAAUACAAAUGGAAAGAAGAUACUUGCUUGAAUACUCUGGAGGCUGUUCCUUUUAUAUCCGUAAAUGAUUGGGCUGUACACAUUGCAUCUAUGAGGAAAAAAACACAGGAAACCUUGCAGCUCACUGAAGCUGCUGUGCAGGAAACCAUCAAAGUGGAAAAAGAAGCAGAAGAAUUACAAAUGAAAAUUGACUGCUUAAAAAAGACCUUCAAAGAGACUAAAGAAGAUCAAAAUAAUUCUGAAAAGAUUGAAGGAAAAAACCAGAAAAGUAAUGAGAAGCUAGAAGAGUUUACAGAAAGGGUGUUUGAAGAGCGUGAACAGCCAUCUAUGCCAAAGAAGAAACAUCAGCUGUACAGAGCAUUGCCUGUCCCUUGCGUUUCUCAGAAAUCUGUCCAGUCUGUAGGGAGUUUUAGGUUUCAGAAAGGACCAGAAACAGGGAGAGAAGAAAAAGAGAAACCAGUGGCCACCAGCAGUUCUUCCAGCCUUACAAAAAAUUUAUCACAGAUGGUGAUUGACACUGCAGGGACUAAUAAACCACAAAUUGCCCAUGUUCCAGCAAUAGUAAAUGUACAAAAACAAAUGAAAUUCAGACUGUCAGAUCUUCCAAAGCAGUUGACUUCCGAUCAACAGUUUGAGAGUGAAAAUGCAGUAAUGGCAAGCCAACAGGCCAAACGUGUCAAUGAAGAAGCAGAUGAGCACAUGGACUGUUCGUAUGUACCUCAAGAUGUGCAUACAGGUUUUAAGCCAAAUGAAGAUAAUCCCAACAUAGCAGAAGGAAGUGCAGAACCUUUCUUAAAAGCACCUAAAACACCUGACUUAUCGGGGAAAAACCUACACUUCUCAAAAAUACCUCCAUUUGACUCCAUUCAAAAUAUAGGUUGUGAAGAAGGAAGAUCAAAAUCUCCUGCUUUCUUUUCUUUCAUGAACAUCUCCCAGAAGUCACCGGGCUUUAAUUUAUUUGAUUCUUCUCUGUUUGGAGCACAAAAUUCAUCUGAUGAGACAGAGGGAAAUUAUUCUGUGGGAAAACUGAGCUCUCUGUCCCCACACAAAGAUCUCGGAAGCUUCUUUGGGAAACCAGAAAAUGAAGAUGCAUUUACCUUUCCCUUCCACUCAGAAUCAACUUCUCAUGCAUUUGGAGAUGGAAAGGAUGACGUUGGUUUUUCAUUUGCAUUUGGACAGGAUCAGAGAUCACCCCAGUUUCCUUCUAUGGGAGGUUUUCAUUCUUCCAUACAAAAUACAAAGCCAUUUACACUCUUUUGA